AUGUCGACCUGGAACAAGCACUACCACUGGAAGACCAAGGGUUGCACGCCCUGGGCCAAGAAGCACAUCGCCGACCACACCGUCGGCAAGAGCGUCGCCGUCGGCACCGGCGGAUCCGUAAAGGUGGACCGCCUCUCGGCCUUUGAGGGCGACGUCGAGCUCGGAAACCGAAAGGGCAAGCUCAUCACCAUCUACGACUGCAGCAUCACCUACGCCUGGUCCGGCCAGUCGGGCGACGGCACCACCGCAGAGGGCACCAUCACCUUUCCCGAGGUCAGCCACGAGGUCGAGGACGAGGGCGACGAGUACAGGUUCGAGACAGAGAUGACGACGUCGAGCUCGGCGGCCACCCAGAGCCUGUACGACGCCGUGCGCAAGGAGCUCGCACCUUCGCUGCGCCCCGCCUUCCACGCAUUCCGGCAGAACCUCAUCGACGCCCACGCAAAGGACCUCGGCCACGAGGGCACGCCGUCGGCCCCGGGCUCGGGAACCUCGACCCCAGCCACGUCCUCGGCCGCCCCCUCGGCCACCGCAUCGGCAGCAGCUGCCACGGCCACGCCGGCAUCCAAGGCGGCCCCCGCCAAGGUCUCGACCAGCUCGAGCGACGUCCGCGUCUCGAGCCAGCUCGCCGCCAGCAUCACGGACCUCUGGGACCUCCUCACCAACCCGGCAAAGAUCCCCAUGUGGACACGGUCGCCUGCCCAGUUUGAGCCCAAGCCCGACGCCGACUUUGCCCUGUUUGGCGGCAACAUCACGGGCAAGGUCAUUAGCGCCGACGCGCCCCGGCAGCUCAUCCAAAAGUGGAGGACGCCCCAGUUUCCGCAGGGCCACUACGGCACGCUGGCCAUGAACCUGAGCGAGGGCGGCGACUCGACCAAGCUCGAGCUGGUGCUGAGCGGCGUCCCCUCGGGCGACGAAGACGCCGUCGAAAAGAACCUCGAGACGUACUACAUCCGCGGCCUCAAGUCGAUGGGGCUCGGAACCAUCCUCUAG